CAUGGAAUAAAAACACCAUCUUGUAUUAGUUUCCUUCAGUCAACAUCUAAAAACUAGGACAUGUAAUAAAACGGUGUCUACUUUGAAAACGGGAGAACAUCAUAUAGGGUGUUGUUUUAUUACAACAAGUGUAAAAUUACACUCUGGUCAUCUUUUCACUAUUCAAUAAUUAAUACAUUUAUUUAGCACAGGAAAAUUAUUAACGAACACGUGUCGCACUGCUCCUUCGGUAAUUAGAUUUUUUUUGUUUGUUUACUUUUUGUUCUUUUUUUUCCUCCAAAUUUCUUCCGACCCCUUAGCACCCUCUAGCGGCACCCACUUUGACAACCACCGCUUUAAAGGGCAAAAUCUGUAAAAAGGUAUGUUGUCUAUAAUGAAAGCAAAACUGCAAAAAUAUAACUAAAUGUCACUAAUAAGGGAAAAAAACGGGAUUGAUUUGUUUAGGCUGGGAAAGGGCUGAUAGAAUAAAAGGUUCAAAAUGUCAUUUUUAUAUGUAGUCGUUGGAGUCAUCAAAAUCCACAGCUUUGAUGUCUUUGUGAAAUGCUGACACUGGUCUGAUGAGAUUAGACUAUGUUGAUCUAUAAAGGGAUACAGAUAGAACAUUGAUGCAUGGAUAGUACUGUAUAUAUAAGAUGGUACAGACAGAAAAAACAAUGUAAAUAUUAAAAAUACCCAUCCCCAGCCUUCUGAUUACUAAGUUUAAAGGUCUUUAUUCAUAACAUAAUUUGCAUAAAAUAAUGACAUGACAACCUGGGAGUGGGCUAUAUUGUACAGGCACCUGCACGUACGUUUGGUUGUUCAGCAGUGAUGCUGGAUUCAGCCUCUUAGUGGUGGACACGUGCCGCAGUGUUGUGAGCAACCUACUUCAACCCACACCACGCUGAGAGUGCUUUCAUUUCUCCUACAUAUGUGUCACAUGGGGAAUUUCCAGCCAGCUGCUGGCAGAGGAGCUUUUAUACACAUCAGGUUUAUCACUCAGAUAAGAGGCUCUGACACGCAUUUUCACGGAACAAUGAUAACUUGCUGAGUGCAGGGGCAAGAAAACACAAUGUUGAAAAAACAACAACACAGCUUAUUAAACUUUGGUCUCCGUUUUCACAAAAUCCGAGGUGACUCGCUAAAAAGUUACAGUUUACACUUUUCAAAAAUAUGGGAAAAAACUAAACUGAAGUUCUAUCUGUACUCUUCUCUGACCUGAGAUUAGAUCACAUUAAUUAUUGUGUAUUUUUUUUAUCACUUAGAAUGAAUGACUUGAGCUGCUCCACAGUAAAAGGUCGUAAUCUAAUUCUCCGCCUUGUUAUAUGCCAGCCUUUUUUAAAAGGGGGCAAAUCAGGACUUCAGGCAGGUCAGGUAAGCACUUUGACAGAUUGUGUUCAAACCUAUGCAGCGUUUGACUGCAGCAAGACUCAGCACUGUCAGGCUGACAAAUCUGUGAAGUCCCCGUACUGAGUGUCUCUGUGAAUUUCCAGCCUCUACGUCACGGACGCUUCUGCACCAAAUGCAAAAACCAAGACCAAGACCAUGCAUAUUUAGCAGCAGGUUUUGGAACUUUCUAGAACUACUUGAAUCUUUUUUAAAUAUUACUUCCUGAUGACAGUGAUGCUCUUUUUCUAUUAAAAAUAUUAAAAGAAGAAAACAGCUGUAUUAUUAUUAAUAAUUCACUGGAAAAAUAGGUACAAAGUGAGGAGGUAUGAGUCAUCGCAACAGUACCAUCAAGCACACACGAGUACCAGUGAAACCGCCCCUCCUUCACUGGUCAAGAUCACUUAAAGAAAGACAUUUUAGUUGUUUUGCAGUUUGGUGAAAUUCACCUUCUCUGCUGAAAACCUUUUUAAAUAAAAUGUGAAAUAAUAUUUGUUCCUCCUUCAGCAGAGCGGUGCCUCUUCCACCAGCAUCCAUUAAUAUGGAAAUGUUCUCCCUUCUCUACCCGGUGUGUAUCUGUCUCACUCAUUUCCCAUUUGUAUACAUUUCAGUAAACAAUUGCGGAGCGUGUGACAGUAUACGGUGCUGAGAGCGUGACUCUUCCCCCUGGUCUAUACAUCACUGUUGAUCGCAGCGUCAUCACUUUCUCCCAGCACAGUUUUUCUGUUCAGCUAAGCCCAGCAUUUUCUCUCAAUUUUACGCAUCUUCGUCUGAGAAGUUUGUGAACUUUUUCUGACAAAGAUUUUUCUUUAAAAAAGAAAACAAACAAAAUCUCACUAAGGUUUGUUUCUGCCGCUGUGAUUUCAUGAAAUACAGCAAGCUGCUUUGAAGAAAAUGCAGCCUUCCCUUUAACCCUGAACAAAACCACAUGUUGAUGUUACUCCAUGUAAACACACAUCUGAAUGGAGGCAAUCACAUCAAUAAAUAAUUAAAAAUGUGUGCAAUUACCGAGCAAUUAUCUGCUCGGGAACAGAUUCUAGGUAUUUAGACAUGUGUUAAAUGUCCUGGUUAGAUAACAGCUGCACGCAGAGUACUUUGAAUCAUUCUAAUCUGGAGAUAGAACAACAGUAAAGAUAGUGGACCUUUGCUGCCAUGCAAUUAGGAAUAUUACAGUGCUGAUAAUAGUGGACUCUCUGUCCAGUGAGAAUCGUGUGCCUGACAAAUGACAUAACAGAGGGAUCCACAGUGUCCGGCAGAUUCCAUUCACAACCGUUGCUUUCUCAGAAGAGGAUUUCAUAACAUUAAAGGUUAGAAUUGUAAACACUCUGGGAAAGUCAACAUGAGGUGUAUAAUUAAUGUCUGUCUCCACAGGGUUAAAAUCAAAGUUCAAAACUGAUUUACAUCCAAUCAAAAAAGAUCAAAAAACAAAACAAGUGGAACCCCCGCCCUCUUCUUUAUAGGUUUUUGCUCUGAAUGUCUCUCUGUUGUGUCAGUUUAAGUUAUGUUCUGUGUUAGCUCAAAGUUAAGAGUCUGACUUGAGACUGCAGAGCCCCUUCUUGUGCUUCUUGAUGUGCUGCCUUCACCCUCAUCGGUAAGGGCAACAAUGACCCAGGGAGAAGGACAUUAAAAGCAGGAGGGAAAAAAAUGUACCAGAUCUCAGUCUGCUUUGAGUUGACUGAUGAACUGCAAGAUGUCAAAAGACAGAAUUGGCUUCCACAGAAGGACAGCCACGAAGUGACUUUCCCCAGAUGUGUUCUGUUGUCCAGGAGUGAGCGGAAGGACAUCAGUGGACCUGAUAUUUAUGGUGAAAAGGAGAAACGGCCUAGUAGUAGUUGUUAUUUUUCCCAACCUGAGGUGAAUAUAAUCGCUCCUCCAUUAUAGAAUUCUCUCCCUGUGGUGAUAAUCGAUCAGUUGAGGCCUUUCUGCCUGUGUUACUGCUGCUACAACAUGCUGUCAAAAUAAAGUAUGUACUUGAAAAUAGCACUAGCUGUUGUUGAUGAAGAAAGACACAUACAAAUGUAACAGCUAAAAGCUAAUAAUUAUGAUCUGUUUUUAGCAGACAGCUCAUCAGCAGUCACAAAUAUUGAGAAAAUGUUCCCUGUGUUAGAAAUAGAUGAAAAAGACAAGGAAACUGUUGACAGUCUGUCUGGGUUUAAGACAAAGUAGGCGAGUUUGAGGAACAUUAGCAGCCUCAUCAAUACAUUUCAUUCUUUAACUACUGCUUAUAUUUCUUCUGUCGAGAGUGGUGUUAAACAUUCUGUUGAUAAACAGAGAAUAUUUCACAACGGACAAUCAGUUUGCUAACUCUAACACUGUUGAAACUGUGCCUUUUGUCUCAAAACAUACUCAAAAUAUCCUUUCAAGUGCAAAGCAACAUACCAAAGCCAUUGACAAUGAGACACCGACCCAACAAGUUUUUAGCCCAGCUACCUGCCUGUACUUUAUGUGACCACAUUGCUGUCAUUUUUGUCAAUUUAUUUUCAAAAGAAAGAAAAGUUUGAUUUGACCGAGCACUGUUUAAUUUAUGCAGGUAAAAGUGAAACGGCCUUGGUGCCAAUGUUCUCUCUCCCCCUCUUUUCUCAUCCCAAAUGAACACAGGUGAGUGGCCUCUUCCGAAUGAUCUGGAGAGAGGUAUAAGAAGAGCGCCACCUGCAGCUUUUGCCUACCGUGCCACUUUGCCUAUGAUUACAGUAGCAGCGUGUGUCGCCGGAGAUUGAGUUUGGUACAGAGUGAUACUCAGUCCUGAGAUUGAUCAUUUAUGUCAGUUAUGUCAACCUCGUCCUUUAGUUUCCAGUGCUGUGACUACUUUGGUUUUUAUUUAAACCAAUAAUAAAACACUUGCAUUUAUUAUAAUUUCUGUCUUCACCUCAUGUUCUCAUCACCUGGACAAAGCCGGAGACGUGACAACCAGAAAAAAAGUUCAGCAAAUAUAUUUGGAAAAUUAAAAGGAAAAAAGUUUCACCAGAACUGUUUUGGAUUUUUUAACUUCUAACUGAAUCAUCAUAACACAUUAUUCACUCCGUUGAUAAUGACAGGCUCCUAAUAAUUCAACCUAUAAUCCUGCCAGGAAAAAUAUGGACCAUCGCUCAUCGAGUGAGACCUUUAGAAAAGCACAGUCAUCCCACUCCUCCACCCCCAAGUCCCCCCAGUGGUGGAUUGCUACUUGACAUCUAGUGCCUGAGCUUUACAAUUAAAUGCAGUGACCAAAAAGCACAGCCGAAGCUGACCCAAAUCUGCAUCAUUACUCAGAGUUAUACUUUAUGUCGAGCAAAAUAAAAAAAAUGUUAUUCUCAUUGCCACAUUAGUAAUUCAUGUUGUAAAAGUUUAACAGGAUAAUUAUUUCUUAGCUUCAAAGUGGCUAAAACAAUAACAUGGCUCUAAUUUGUUUUUCUUUCUUUAACUCAAAUCCUGUCUCGACUGCUGACGCUCAGACUGAUCUUGCUGAUUAAGAGCUGAGUUUUACAUCAUUUUCUGUGAAAAGGUUUUCUUUAUUUAUAGACUGAUGAACUGUUAUUGACCGAUGCACCUAAAGUGUGACUCUGUCUCUGAAUUUACUUUGGAAGCAAUUAAAAAUGAGUCACAAAUCAAUGCAGUUCAAUCCAAAGUCAAACGAAUGUGAAAGCGCACAGUGAGUCAAUCCUCACACAUGAUGAAACUGAACGUCAAUCUACAGUUCUUGUGACUAAUCAAUCUAUCAGUGACUGCGGUGAUUGGCCCGCUGGGCCGUCUCCGUAGAGCUGGGUUGGACAAUGAUCACCUGAGGUUGAGGUAAUGAUCUUGUGUCAUGCAGCAUUUCAACUUUUGCCCUUGAAGCAGAUACAGAUCUGACUGUGGAGCAACAGAGGAUUGGCUGUGUUCUAACUCCCACUGGAUAGUUCUCAGUUUCAUAUGCUGCUGCUGCGUAGACGGUGGAAUUAUGACGUUGACAACAGACAAGAAAGUCACCUGUUCUUUUCAGGUCCACGGUGAACUGGACUUCAGUGACCUCCUAUUUAGAAACCCUGAUGGAACCAGUGGUUACCACAGUAACCAAUCAUGUUAUUUCACAAUUCCUGAGAUCCCUAACCCUGAGGGAAGUUCUGCUGCUGAUGACUUCCUCGACACCCUGCUGCGAGGGAGUGACUCUUCCUCGGCUCCGGCUUCCCCCCUGUGGUCACCCAGCACCACCGACAGUGGAAUCAAUGAGGAGCCCACGUCUGAAUCCACUGAGAGCCCUCACCCUUCUCGCUGCACCGCUGUCCCUCACUUUAACGCACCGAUUUUCUCUCAGCCUCCACCUGUGGAGACACAGCUGCCACCAAAUGGAGCUGUGGAUCAAAGCUGGGACUCAGACAACGUACGUGAACAUGGGAUUUCAUAUUACCUUACCACAGGCCAUGCGUUGUCCAAUCAGACGCUCACAGUGAAGGACCUGUUGUUGUCCAAUCUGGGACAGAAGACGCAACAAAUCUCGCAACAUCCCCUGCCAGAGCUUGAACUUGACGAGGAUGAAAAGAUUCUUCUGGCUAAAGAAGGCGUGAAAUUGCCCAGCAAACUGCCCUUGUCUAAGUUUGAAGAGAAGGUUUUGAAGAAGAUACGGCGGAAAAUCCGAAACAAGCGCUCAGCUCAGGAAAGUCGAAAGAAGAGGAGGGAGUAUGUAGACAGUUUAGAGGAGAGGAUGUCGGCAUGCUCCGCACACAACCUGAAGCUGCAGAGAAAGAUCGAGCAGUUGGAGGAGACCAACACUGCACUGUUGGAGCAGCUAAACCAGCUACAUGCUCUUCUUUCUAGUAGCUCUGGCAAGACGUCGCACAGAGGGACCUGCAUCCUGGUUUUGCUGCUCUCCUUAUCUCUGCUUGUAUCAUCAAAUCUGCAGCCAGAACCUUACAGCCAACUCAGCCAGGGAGAGUACACAGAGGCCAAAGUGCUCUCACGCUCCCUGCUGUCAGUGGAUGAAACACAGGAUGUCCAUCCAGAGGGACCUUCUCCUGCGUCUUCUCGGCUCUACAUCUCAAGGAGCUUCGAAGUCCUCAGCCGUCUCAACGAAAACCUUUGGACCUGGACAAAAGCCCAUACGGUGGUGAUCCGAUCUUCAAAUCCCCAUGAUUUCAGACAUCCAGAUGAUCACUGAUCUUCUCAGGACCUUCAGGAGGAAAGACAGUAGAAAAGAAGUGCAAACACGUUUGCAAACGCAACUAAAUUAGCAGGUUUAUUGCUUUUUUCUUUAGCAUCUGCAUCUCACUGCAGAGACCGACAGGAGUGUUGUUGUGUGUCCACUCACUGCAACACAACAACCAAGAGAGGUUUCACACUGAAAUGUACUCCUUCAGUAAGGUCGGCCAAGGUCAGUGCAGUGGUUUUCUACAGAGAUUGAAUAUUUCUCUAUUCUCAUCUUGUGAGCAUCAGCAAAUAGAAGAAUAUCUGCGGGACCACGCUGUAUUAUUGCCGUUGUAUUCAUUAUUUAAUAUGUUUUUAAAUAACAAAGGCAUGUAUUCACUGCCUAUCAAAAAAUAUCUCUGGCAGAAAUAAAAAGAUUUCUCGAAAUUUUA